AUGUCAGAGCAUUUGGAACGCGACUGUAAAGUAGACGUGUCGCGAUUUUAAACCAAAUAUUUAUUACGAAAAAUGAUAAUUUAUCGAUAUUUAAAGACGAAUAAGUUACUUAAAUAAAUUAUUAAUCGCCAAAACUGUACAUAAUAUAUGUCGUGUGUGUUAGUAGUGUAUAUUUAGUUCAUUUUAGCGUCAAUUUUUCUUGUGUUAUAAACAAAGAAUAUAUUGUUUUUUAAAACAAUGAACCAAGAAUAACUUUCAAGCGUGAAUGUGGGGCGUUGUACGCGGCUUUUUCAAUAUAUUUUGUAAAAAAUCACGCUUAAACAUGAGCGGGGUGAACAGAGACGCACCUUUCGGGAUCCAGUGUAUUCAACGACUGUUCAAUAAAUUUUUCCCUCGUCUUAGGAUUAAUAGGCUAAGAUGGUACCAAGCGAGCGUGCUGAUCUUGACAUACUUCACGUACAUGACGUACCACCUGACGCGCAAGCCGAUCUCGGUGGUGAAGAGCGUGCUGCACCAGAACUGCAGCCACCUCACGCCGCCGCCAGACGUCUCGCCCGACGACGACCAGUGGUGCAACUGGCCGCCUUUUAAUACAACGGACGCGAACACGUUGUUGGGAGCGCUGGACUCCGCUUUCCUGUUCUCGUACGCGGGCGCCAUGUUUGUGUCAGGCAUGAUAGCUGAAAGAGUGGAUCUGAGGUACUUCCUGUCGCUAGGGAUGCUGACGUCUGCUAUAUUCUGCUAUCUAUUCGGCGUGGGACGAACGUACAGUAUUCACAAUAUAUCCUACUACCUCAUAGUACAGGCUGGUGCAGGAAUAGCCCAGACCACAGGCUGGCCGGGGACGGUGGCCAUCGUGGGGAAAUGGUUCGGCAACUCCAAGAAAGGUCUCAUAUUCGGCAUAUGGAACUCUCACACAUCGCUUGGGAACAUUUUAGGAACAAUAAUGGCGGCAGAGUUUGUGGACACGGACUGGGGCUUAUCGUUCGUGUACCCCGGGCUGGUGAUGGGCCUGAUGGGGUGCGUGGUGUGGCUGUUCCUGGUGCCGGAGCCGCGGUACGUGGGGCUCGCGCCCGGGGAGCGGCCGUCGCGGUCGCCUAGUCGACAAUCUAGGAAGAGCGACGAGGAAGAUGAUCUAGAAGAGGAUGAGACGACGCAAGUGAUUGUCGGUGAUCAGGGGGCCAGUUUACGGUCCAACAGACAUUCCGCGAACGCACCGCAGCAACAAGAGGAGGUGACAGAGAACACGGCUCUCUUGCGCAGGAGCUCGCUGUCACAGUCAGGCAGUAGCGCCGUCUCGCUCUCACGCGCGCUCGCUAUACCCGGCGUGCUAGAGUUCUCGCUGUCUCUCUUUUUCGCUAAGCUGGUCAGCUAUACGUUUCUGUAUUGGCUGCCUUUGUACAUCAAAACUUCAACGCGACUGUCGGCGCGCGAGUCGGGCGAGCUGAGCACGGUGUUCGACGCGGGCGGCGCGGCGGGCGCGGUGGCGGCGGGGCUGCUCGCCGACUGCACCGCCUGUCCCGCGCUCGUCUGCCUCGCCUUCUACACGCUCUGCGCACCCGCCCUCCUGGCCUACCAGACGUGGGGCGCCACGUCGUACGCCAUCAACGUGUGCCUGCUGAUCGUCAGCGGGGUGUUGGUGAACGGCCCGUACGCUCUCAUCACCACCGCCGUCAGCGCUGAGCUUGGUACUCACAGCAGCCUGGCUGGUAACUCGCAGGCGCUGGCGACUGUCACCGCUAUUAUCGACGGCACAGGAAGUGUUGGUGCAGCGUUAGGGCCGAUGCUGGCGGGCGUGGUGUCCAGCACUGGUACAUGGUCGCACGUGUUCUACAUGCUCAUAGCUUGCAACUACAUGGCGCUGUUUCUACUACUCAGGAUAGCGAAACAUGAGGUAGCUAAGCUAAGACAGCAGCGCCGCAUAGCGACACCGCCGCGAGUGCGGAUAGAGUGAAUUUAGAUAACAAUUGUAAUAGAUCCUGGAUCAUUAUGUUCGAGUAACUAACAGCCAAAACGUUGCAAAAAAAACAUGUCUUAAGGAUACAUCGUUUUGGCAAGUUGUAAAUCAGUUUUAGAACUAAAAUGGCAAUUAUUUACUCGAAAUUUGUGAAACAGGUUCUUAGUAAUAUUGUAUCCGGGGGUUGCCCGUAGAUCUACCAUUAAUAGAGAAUUUAAAAUCUCUCAUUCAUGAUAUAAAAAAACAGGUUCGCCUUCAGAAACUGUAUUUUUCAAAAUAAAAUAAUCCUACAGUGAUCUUCAGACAUCUUGGUGUGUUUUUACCAAUUUUAUCGGAAUCGCUUCUGUAAUAUACCUGUAAGAAUAUAAACAUUUUCUGUGCAGUUUCGAAAUCAGGGUAAAAUUAUUGACAUUUAGUAUUUUGAAUUUAAUUUUUUAUAUUUUUUUGCAUAGUAGUUUUUGUAUAAACGAUCGAAAAUCAUGGUUACAAUUGUUUUAUAUAUCUUUUUGUCUGUAAUAACCAUUCCAUAACAGAACGCAUUUUUACAGUUUAACUGAACUUGUUUAAAUAGAGUAGAAUAUGUGUAUGAGCUCCAAGCCAGAGUAUUAUUCAGGAUUUGUUUGCGAAGUGAAUUUAUUAUAAUUAUUAUAGGCGAGAUAAAAAAAAAUCACGUAUAUUAUAUUUAUCGGCCAGUGUCAUUUAAUUCCCAGAAGUACCCAGUAGUGUUCAAAGUUUGAGACAUAUAAAAAUAGACGUUUCCAAAUCUUUCUUGUUUUAUAUGUAAGGAAGGUCUUAAGUGGUUUUUUGACACAUAAAGAAUUUUCGUUACCAGUUCGUUUCAAUCCUAUCAAAUAAAUAUAUGGAAAUUAAUUUUUGACGAUUUAAAAAGAAUAAUUAUUUUUAUUUAAAAAAAAAACAGGUCAAACAGUGCCGAGUUUUUAAAUCUUAUUUUAUAAAUCUUAUCUAUCUUUCACGUAGAGUAAUUAAAUAAUUGGUUUCGUGUUUAAAAUUGGGUAAUCUAACCCCCAAGUGUGUUCAAUGCGGCCCUGUUGAUAAAAUGACUAAGAAUUUCGUGCAUCGGUUCUGAAAAUGCGAAGUAUUAUUUAAGUAAUUUUAAUUCGAUUUUAAGACUAAUCAAAUCUAUAUUUACUUUUUCUAAAUCAUACAAGAUACAGUAUAGGCAAAAUGCUGCACUAGAUACGCCUCUGCCCUCACCUUGGGUUAUAAAGGCACGUGAUUAUGUACCCUGUUCAUUUGUUUUCAUUUAUUACGUAAAUGAAAAUUAAAUAUAUAUUUUUUAUAUUGUGUAGCUUAUAUGUUUCUAAUAAAAAUCACAUAAUAUUUUCUAAAUAUACCAAUUGUCAUUUUAUAAGCAUUUUCAGAACUGGUUUUUAAGUGUAUUGUUUUAAAUAAUUAUUUUAAAUGACUAUUUAGUAUUAUACUAUGAAAGAGUGUUUCGCGAAACGUAAGGGUGUUAUUAUUUUUGAAUUUGAAUAGAGAUGCAUCCUUUUAGAUAUCAAUUACUGCAACUAUUAUUGACCGUUUUUAUUAAAGAAACAGAUUCUAUAAUAUAUAGGGGUGCGUUUUUUUUAGAUCAAAAUAUUCUGUUUUACCUGUAAAUAAUAAAAACUUGUCAUUUAACGCUACAUAAAAAUUUAUGCAUGUCACGAGUUUUAGACAAUUUAUAUUUUUUUUAGAGAUUCUAUUUGACCAUGUUAUAAUAAUAUUGAAAUAAUUUCGUGAAGCGCGGUUUUGCAGUAUUCUACUACAUUAUUGCGGCAUUUGAGUGAUCAGCGAUCAUGUAUAUAAUGUACAAAAUGUAUUUUAAUAAAUGUGAUUUAAUUUUCA